GGAUUUUUUUUUUUUACACAGUGAGAAAAACGUUGUUUGGCGGUGCGCGAGUGUGAGACAUGUAGACCUGUAAAUCCUGUACAUAUUUCGGCAUUUCCCCAAAUGCCUGACAUCAUGGAUGUGCCCACGGCUCCUCCAGACCAAGAGUUGCGCAACAUCAUUGACAAGCUUGCCCAGUUUGUGGCACGGAAUGGACCGGAGUUUGAGCAGAUGACCAAGCAGAAACAGAAGGACAACCCCAAGUUCUCGUUCCUGUUUGGUGGAGAGUACUAUGCCUACUACCAGCACCAGGUCUCCUCACAACAGACCUCAGCGCUGAAACCCAAGGAUGCAGCGCCGCAGGCGGUGGCAGCUGUGGGUGGCGCCAACCCGCAGUGGCCGGUAGCGGCUCCCACGACGGUGGCGCUGGCACAGCUUCAGCAGCAGGUGCAGGAGAUUCAGGAGCAGAUUCGCCAGAGCGAGCAGAAUUUGGCUGCCCAACACCAGGUCCUCCUGCAACAGCAGCAGGUGCAGUUAGAUGAGGCAAUACGCAAGGCCCAAGAUGACAAGCUGACGGCACAGGCCAAGAGCUGCGACCUCGAGAUCGCAGAAUUGGAUAAGGUCCUUCAGCCUAUCAUUGAAUCCUGCACAAAGGACGCCAUCUCUGCUGGAAAGGGUUGGAUUUUCUCUCAUUCUACCACGCCGCAACGAAACGACCUAAUAUGCCAGUACCUUCUCAAGAAGGUCACCGUGCCCGGAGCACCCUUCGACAUGAAGCUUCACAUCGUGUACCUGAUCAACGACGUGCUGCACCAUUGCGUGCGCAAAAACGCCGACGGCUUGAAGCAGGCCCUGGAGCAGUUUGUGGUUCCCAUCUUCUGCACGACGAGCAUUGGCGUGGACGAGGAGAAAGGCCAGAAACUUGCCAAGUUGCUGAAGCUCUGGGAGACAAAUAAGUACUUCCCACCCCUUAUUCUUGAGCAACUGAAAAAUCCAGCCAUCUCCCUCGCCAAUUACCAAGCAAGCCUGAUAACGGAGCACGCCGCAGUGAUCACGUCGGUGACGGCAGCGGUGCAGGUCAAGUACACGCAGCUGCAGAAACAGCACCAGGACUUUGUGGCGCACCUGACAUCUCGGUUGCAGACGAUACAGUUUGGGCUUCUGCAGCAGACCAUGACUCCGGGAACGGGCAUUGUGCCGGGCCUUCCACCGCCACAACUGGUGGUUCCCCAGGGCCCCUUGGGUUCGGUGGUGCCACAGUCUCUUCCUGCCAGCACCGUGGCGCCGCCAGUCGGAGCCAUGUCGGGACCACAGGGCUCGCCGGCUGUCACUCAGCCCCUCGCCAGCUCUGGACAUGCUGCGACCGGCGCACCACAGGGCCCAGCUGCCCCAACCACGACCCAGGCCCCCGAAACCUCCCAGGGGGACUCGGAACCCCAGACUGAGACCUCCAGGGACAACGGAAAUAACCAGGAAUCCCAAGAAAUUGCCAAGGCUGCCGAAAGUGCGGCCACAGCACCGGACAGUACAAGGCCUUCUGACAGUUCGACGUCUUCGGACGGCUUGAGGUCCUCGGACGGCAUGAUGCCUUCGGACGGCAUGAUGCCUUCGGUCGGCUUGAGACCAUCGGACGGGAUGAUGCCUUCCGAUGGCUUGAGACCAUUGGAUGCUAUGAGACCAGAUGGAAUGAGACCGGACGGUAUGAGACCAGAUGGUAUGAGACCAGACGAAAUAAGACCAGAUGGGAUGAGACCAGACGUGAUGCGACCGGACAUGAUGCGACCGGACGGGAUGCGACCGGACGGGAUGCGACCGGACGGGAUGCGACCGGACGGGAUGCGACCGGAAGGAAUGCGACCAGAUGGUAUGGGCAUGAGACCGGAUGGUAUGAGGCCUGAUAUGAUGAGACCAGAUGGAAUGAGACCAGACAUGAUGAGACCGGACGGGAUGCGGCCAGAUGGAAUGCGGCCAGACAUGAUGAGACCCGACGGCAUGAGACCGCUGGACAGGAUGAGACCCUCGGACAUGCUGGUCGGCGGGGACCAGAUGGGAAGAGACAUGUUGCGUCCUGGCGGAAUGAACCAGGCGGGCGGCGGUUACGGACCGAUGCCCGGACCGCCGCACUACGGGCCGGGCGGUCCGCUGGGACCCGGCGGACACCAUGGGGGCGGCGGAGGGGGCUACAUGGGCAACGGGCCCCACAUGUCCCCCUUCGGACCCCAGCCCCCGCCGCACUACGGGAUGCCCCCCGCAGGGUACAACCACCCGCCGCCCAAUUUCAUGCACCACGGAGGUCCGCAGAUGCCGGGGGGCUACGGCGGUGGCAUGCCGCCCAGGCCAAUGCACGGCUACGACCCCAUGGGCGACGAAGGGCAGUACUACGACGACUACGACAUGGAUGGAGGACCCAGGCCUGACUACGGGAGCUUUUUCAUUGACUCGGACGCUGGGCCUUGCGAACCCCGCGCCCCUGGGCCAGGCCUGCCCGACGUGAGCCAACCGCCCCCCGGCUUUGUGCCUCUCGACUCGCAAGGCUUUCCCCCGCCGGACCUGCCGGAGGCCAUGGAAUGCCUGGUGCCCACCAUGCCCUACUUCGAGCUGCCGGCGGGACUCAUCGUGCCCCUGGUGAAGCUGGAGGACAGCGAGUACAAGGCGUUGGACCCCAAGGCCCUGCGUCUGCCGCCGCCAGCUCCCCCCAGCGACGCCCUGAUGCAGGCCGUCGAGAUGUUCUACAGUCCACCGUCCCACGAACGCCCACGCAACAGCGAGGGCUGGGAGCAGCUGGGCCUGUACGAGUUCUUCAAGGCCAAGAGCCAGGUGGUGCGGACCAAGCCCAGCCAGGACUCUGACGACGGGGGAGAGGAGGAGGACCGCAAGGGGGACAAGGGACCCAAGGACGAGGACCGGCCGCUCAGGGAGGACCCCAACCGACGCCGCUACCGGGAGAGCAAGAGUCCUCCGCACACGAAGCAAGAGGAGGAGGCGCACCGGCGGAAGAAGAAGCGGAGCCGCAGCAGGUCCGAGUCGACCUCGCCUCAACGCCGCCACAGGCCCUCGAGGUCGAGGUCGCGCUCGAGGUCACCUUCCAGGUCAAGGUCACGGUCCGUGUCCCCCUCCAAGAAGCGCUCCCCAGACCGCAGUCCGACCCCGCCGUCCUUCUUCGGCUCAUCGUAUGGUGGCGACCCAAGGGACUCGAAGCUGGACGAAUCCAACAAGGGUCAUCAGCUGCUCCGGAAAAUGGGUUGGGGAGGGGCGGGCCUGGGUGCGGCGGAGCAAGGCAUUCAGGACCCCAUCCACCCCGGCGACGUUCGGGACCGCUCGGACCUGUACAAGGGGGUCGGGAUCAGCCUGCACGAUCCGUACGAGAACUUCCGCAAGAGCAAGGGCCAGGCGUUCAUCAACCGCAUGAAAGCGCGCUCCGACGACAUCGUCGGGAAAUGAUCGCCUCGCAUCCCGCACGCUCGGGUUGCCCUCUCCUGGCUCGAAGAUGUGUGCCGCAAAGUUCUGCUUUGUCAAGUUCCACUUCGCAAAGUUGAGCUUCACAAAGCUCGACUUCGUGGGAAAUGUGACUUGCAAAGCCCGACUUCGCAAAGCUCGACUGCGCAAAGUUCGACCUCACAGAAUUUGAUUUUUUUUAAGUUUGAUUUUGCAAAGAUUGACUGUGGGAAGAUUGAUUUUGCGAAGUUUGACUUCGCGAGGCUUGACUUCGCAAAGUUUGUUUCUGCAAAGUUUGAUUUUGCAAACAUUUUGUAAAGUUCAACUUCACAAAGCUCAACUUUGCAAGGUUCGACUUCGCAAAGUUGGAAUUUGCGAAGGUGAAUUUCGCAAUGUUUGACUUCAUGGAGUACCACUUCACAAAGUUCAACUUGGUAAAGUUCGACUUCGCAAAUUUCGACUUCGCAUCUUGGUUCACUUUCACUGUACAGAGACGGGAGGGGCGGGGUUUCAUUUGCAGACGAAGUGCAUAUUCUUGGCACUCAACACACCGUUGUGAGCCUUCUUUUUUUUUUUUAAUUUUAGUUAUGCAUGUAUGAAUCGAGUCAAUAGAGGAGGAUGAAAACGGUGGCGAAUUAUUUGUGUGGCCUACGUCAGACGCGGUAUAGACUGCCCUCUACAGUGCUUCGGCCAUGCAGUCUCGACCAAAGUUUGUGCAGGUCCGAAGCACCAUCCAAGCAAGUGAGCUCAGUCCCAAAGCAGGUUAAUGGAAAUGACGCUUUUGUGUGUCAUUCUAAAUCUUUUAAUGAGUUGCAUUUCAGGCUAUGGUAGAGAUUUGUGAACACUAAUUAAACUUCAAAUGGUGCUGUGUCCAUUGUGACCUUCACUGUGCAAAGCUGACUUUGUCACCUCUGCAUUGUGAACACUAGGAUUGUCACAGCACUACUUGAUAUGAAUCACUGUUGGGGCUUUCCUGGGCCCUACUAUUUUUUUGUUUCUCACAAAUAGGUGAAGUGGAGGGUGAUAAUGCCUUGUUUGUGACAGUAGGGUGAUACCGUUAAAAGUUUUAGAAGCCACAGUUAUUUUUUUCCUAGCAGUGUCAGUGUUUACUUCAAUGUUUCUUGAGAUAUGGGACAAUGAAUGACACUCAAGCUCAAAGUCUCCGUUACAGUUUUAUUAAAAAGCUUGCGAUGGAAGCAGAAUUCCGAAAGCAGUUUGCCCGGGUUCAAAUGGAGCUGGUGUUCAACAAGAGCACAACACAUUAAAUUUGAUUUAAUCUUUAGGAUUAUUUUCACACUUAACUACACAGUGAAUAUACUUUUUGGUAUGGAGUGCAAUGCCUUCUUUUCCUAAAAUUAUAUUUUUUAACCAUUUGCUCUAUUGCUCGAGUUGUAUGUAGGGCCUGCAGACAUUUUAUGGUUCUUCAAACGGCCACUUGUGCUUUGUGGCAUUUAGCAUCCUAAAGGAUCAGCACGGUGACAUGGGCAGCACCCUGUUUAAAUGUCGAAAUCUAUGCCAUGUUGCCCCCCCGUAAGUGUCGAGAACCUUGAAAGACAAUGCUGGGACGACACAAACAAGUCAUUUUGGCUGCUGACGUUCAAAUUGCAUAUGAGCGGAUAUUUUUCAGAUCCUCAUCUUUUCAUUGUACCAUAUCAGUGUGUUUACUUAGACACUGCUGUCUCCAGCUGUAAUUGGUGGACGGAAUGGGACAUAACAAGCGAUGGUCGGUUCUGUUGCAAACUGCAGGAAAAUACUUUUGCUUUCAUACUUUCAGUGAUUGUCAAAAUACUUUCAUUGAUUGUCAAAAUUUGGUUUUUAAAAGCCCCUUUUGUUCUCCACCCAUAGCUUUAUACAGUUUGUGAAUGGAUAUGAGCGAGUUACCGCGUGCGGGAUGUUGAAUAUUGCGAAGGAUGAGGACGUUGAAGGAAGUGUCUGUCGCUAGACAUAUUAGCAGUGCUGUACAAAAUCUGGGCCACAUUAAAAAUUCAUUCCAACUGG